UACAAAUCUGAACAAUUAUAACAAUAAGCUUGCGAUUGUCUCCAUUGGUUCUGAUGUCAUUAAAUGGUUAAAGUAAGGCAGUUUGAGUGCUAAUUCCUGGUCAGAAACCGCAUAGCAGUGGAUCGAGCAAGUUGUGUCAAUUUAACUAAAACGAGAUCUGCUCAAAGGCUAGUCACUCCAACAUCUUAGUAAAGAAGGGAAUAGCGUGAUGAGUUUAAAGUCCGUAGGCGACUUCAGAGUACUGAUUUGAUUGAUUAGGACCACCAGAGCACACUUCCAGGAAUCAGGAAACGUAUUUUGGUCAAAAGACUGAUUAAUUACAGUCACAAGUACGCUGACAAUUGUUGAAAGCGCCGUAGUCACUAUUUUUCCAGAAGUGCCAUCGCACCCAGUUACAUAGAAUUUUAUAGAACACACUGCUAGCUAAACCGAGUCUUUAUUCACAUCCCAAAAAGUCGUCUACACGGUAGAUUACCUUAUUGUCUCAGAAGUAGACAACAGUGCAAUAUAGAAUUAAAUAUUAAUUGUGAAUAAAUAUACAACAAAUAAAUGGUGACUUUUUAUUACAGAUGAUAAAUCCAGAUACAUUGAAUCACUUAAGUGACUUUGCAGACAAGAAAAUCGACGGUGUAACGAAAGCGAACUAUUUUUGGAUUCAGCAUCUCGUUCAAAGGAUGAAUGCUACAAUGACUCUUACCUGGGAAAAUACGUGGGGAUAUCAAGAUCAAAAUGGUACGUGGAAUGGUAUGAUCGGCUUACUAGAUCGAGGUCAAAUUGAUUUUGGAGGCACAGCAACAUUUUUAAUUCCUCAAAGACUUGGAGUGAUCGAUUACAUUCAGCUGUAUACACCAGUGUGUUCCAGAUUUAUCUUCAAAAAACCACCUCUUUCAUAUGUAAAAAAUCUCUUUACAUUACCGUUCAAUCGACUUGUUUGGUAUGCUAUUUCAUUAUCAAUAUGUGCAAUAUGUGGAUUUCUAUACCUGGUCUUGAAAUGGGAAUGGAAACACACAAGAAACAAGCAAUCGGUAUUCCAGUACAGCGGUCAGUUAAACAAUGACCCUAACUUGAGUGACAAUUUAUUGAUUUUGAUAGGUGCUUUAUUUCAACAAGGAUCAUCUUACGAGCCUCGAAAUAUCUCUGCAAAAAUAGUGAUAUUAAUGUUAUUGAUUCUAUCAUUGAGCCUUUAUGCUUCAUAUACAGCUAAAAUUGUUGCACUCCUUCAAUCCACAACAUCAUCAAUAAAUACAGUUCAAGAUCUUAUAAAGAGUGGAUUGAAAAUAGGAAUAUAUGAUGUUGUGUACAACCGAUAUUAUUUUCAGGCUGUGCAAGAUCCAAUGAGAAAAAAUUUCUAUAAAAAUUAUGUUGAAAAUAAAACUUCCAUAUGGAUGUCGUUGGAUGAAGGCAUAGAAAAAGUUAGAAAAGGACUAUUCGCUUUCCAUGCAGAUGCAACUGCAUCAUAUUCACUAAUACAAGAAACGUACGAAGAAGAAGAGAAGUGUGGCCUUCAUGAAUUUGAUUACCUAAAUUUACUGUAUCCAAUGCUUGUUUUACCACUCGACUCACCUUACAGAGAAAUAUUUAGAGUUGGAGCUCUGUGGAUAAAGGAAACUGGUUUACAACAACGAACAAACAGAAGACUAUUUACUCAGAAACCAACUUGCGCAGGACAAACAAGUUUUGUAAGUGUUGGAACAAUCGAUUGCUACGCAGCAUUUUUAAUAAUAUUUUAUGGUGUCUUUAUUGCACUUGGGUUUUUGCUGAUGGAGCUCAUACAUUUCCAAUGUUCUAGAUACAUUAACAGCAAUCAAGUAAAAAAUGUGAAAUCAUCUGUUUUCGAAACAGGAACGAAAAUGAUCGGAGAAGUAUACAACGAUGAAUAAAAUUAUCAAUAACAGUAUCUGGAAUUCAAAAAGAAAUCAAU